UUGGGGAAGAAAAUCUGAGCUCAAUUAAGCGGAAAACAUCAGGUUGCACUUCAGGCGAACUGUAUGAUUAUACUUCGUGCGCAAAAUUUUACUUUUCAUACUCCUUACAAGGUUGCAUUGUGAAUGUUAAUAUAAAUUACAUCAUAGAGUGUAACCUUCAUUUGCACAAUGAGCAAUUAACGUAUAAACAAAGCUAAAUGCAGAGGCGUCAUCUUAUGUGCAAAUUCUGUGUGCAGAUGUGUUGGCGAAUUGUUUCAACGCUCUCACGUGGGUACUAGUUGACGUGGGUUGCCAUAGAAACGAGGAAGUGAGAGUAAUUGCCCCAUCAGUUGUAGCUGACAUUAAUUCAAGCUGAAGUUGAGCCUUUGUUCUUGUUCAGUGGAUUGAGUGCAAAGAUAAGAGAGGCUGAUAUCAAUAAUCCAAGGUAUUUGAUAGCUGGAGGAGAGUAGGUUGGCCUUGGAAUACUGUAUACCCAUUGAAAAAUUGUGAACAUUUGCCCAUAAACUACAUACAUACAGUAGCUGCAUUAGUGAAUAGAUGUUUUUAAUUAUGUGGCCACCAUAUCUCUAUUGAUAUUGUUUGUAUGUAGAUAAACAACUGCAAAAACUUGAUCAAUUUUUAAGAUACGGAAUAUCUUUGGUGCUUUUUAAGAUUACUGCAGUUUUUGCAUCUGGGAUUUCAUUGAAGACAAUAUACCUUAUUGAGCAUACAGUGCUUAUGGACAUCAGUUGUGAAACCUGCUGCCAGUGAUUUCUAGGUUUGUAAACUGUAGGCUUAGCUAGUGACUGUACUCUACCUUUUAACUUGACUUUCGAUCAAUUGUAUUUUAAAGGAGUAUUGUAGAAAAUAUAGAAAAACCUGAAAGGGAAUUGAUUCAAGCAUAAUUUAUAAAAACAAACCUGUUUUGAUUAUAUAUUUGAUCUGUUUAAAACAUUGUGUAAAUAUCAUAGAAUAACAAUGAAGAAACUAAUAUACGGCAGAUUGCAGUCAGAACUAUUGAUUUAAAGCGUGCGUACAGUUUGGUGCUAACAACAAGAAUUGGCGUCUGAUCACCAGGUUCGUGAAUUGAUAUUGAAGCUACUAUUGAAGCAGUUACAAAGUACUCUCCUCCUUCAUGACGUCUCGCCUUUGCGCGGAAACUUGCACUCAUGUGUUGAUGAAUCCAUAGUAAUGUCUUGAUGAAUCCAUAGUAAUAUGUUGCAACAGUCAUUCUUCCAUCAAGUCAUUCUCAAGCUGUUUUUUAUCCAAUUGUCUUUUGAUGUGUGUGACCGCAUUAUACGAGUGAUUAAUAUACCUUAUAUUGCUUCCUUGAUGGAGAAUUCUUUUUGUUCGUUUCGAAUGAGUAAUUUAGCAUGUUAGAUGUCUGAGAAACUAUCAGUAACAGUUCAACACUAGUAGGCUAUGCUCUAAUCCAGGUGCUUAAUAAAAGCGUGGACAUUAUACACUCUAUUACGCAAGUAAUAAGGGAAGGAAAGUGCAGACGAGAUUCUACUUUUUUUGUGUCUUUCACGUCAUUGACGGUUUUUAUUAUGAAAAAUUGAUAAUGUAAACGUGUUGAAGUUCAUAACGCUCUGAUUCUUCAAACCGACCGGCUGUCUUUCUCUAUAAAGGGAUAUUUCUUCGUUGAAUUAAGCUUGCACGCACAUACUUGAUUAUUUUGCAUGGAUAUUUAAUGGAAGAUUUUUCAAUACUCAUGGAUAGCGUGUGAAGAAAAACAUAAUUUACUGAGUCUGAUUAAACUAAAAUUGGAUUCUUCUUGCUAUUAUACAGUACAAUUUUUCCAUAUUAAUGUGUCGUGUCUACUACGUUUAAUGCUGAGGAGGUCUUUAAAGGAAAUGGAAAAAGGAUUUAUAAAGUGUUUAUCAAAGAGAUAUCUUAUACAGCUCAUUGUAUAGUACAGUGUUUGUUACAGUUUCUUGGAUAUAUACAGUGUUUUCUUUUGUAAUACUAUUCCCAUGCAGCUUUUAAAAACAUUGAGGAUGACUUUAUAUUCCAAAGAUAUUGGCUUGAAUUUUCAGCAGCAGUUUCAUCGAGGGAAUGUUAAGGGCCGGCCUCCAUUACCAUCUUCGCAGAGGGAAGCUAUGUGUUGCUUAGCAACUGUACUAUCUGUGAGGGGUAUUUCUUCCAGGGCGGAAAACCACCCCCUACCGGAAAAGCCCAAUGACACGCUUCCGAUUCAGUACCUUCAGAACAUGAAGGAGGCAAUCUCAAACUAUGUCACACCCUCAUCUAGCGGCAGAUCCUCUCCGACAAUGACUGGUGAACUCAUCAACACCAACCUCGAUUCCUCCACUGGUUGGACGUCUGAGGUGUCCUCUGCAAGGAGCAGUCUCUUCUCUUGGGAAUAUGAUGAGUUUGACAAGCAAGCGGCCAAAACAGUGCGGAUACUGUUCGAUGAGAUAGACAGGCUGUUGUACGAGGGUCAGAAAAGUCAGAGUACGACACAACUUCACACAGAAUGUCAACAGUGGAACUUAAGAUUUCCACAUCUACGGGUGUUAGGUAAACAACUUACACCGCCUUUAGACGAUGGAUUUGAGAUCAUCCCCGCAGAUGCCCCUCGACCGGCAACUGGUAGCAUACUGCUCGAUGUUGUGGACAAUGAGGGUGACAUUGGUGGAAGUGACAUUGAGGAGUUACUAGUAACUGGCCAGAAGAUAGAGCCAAUAAGUAUUAGUCCUGAACUCAGAGGAACCUACUUACCACACCUAGAAGAGGAAAUAUUUGAAUCCGAUGGUCUGGUGGAAGAGUACCUUGCCUAUGACUGCAGGGCAGGAGAUGAAGAUAAUGUGUACAGUCAGCAUUUAGUAAGGAAACGGCGUGAGGGCUAUCCUCCGAUAACGCCAAACAGCUCAGUUCAGAAUGCUAUAACGUUACAAGUAUUCGACAAUCUAUGGUGUAAUGUUGUAGUCUGGCUAAGGAAACUGGUGAAGAAGAAUGUAGAAUUAGGAAAUGAUAAAAUUUUAAAUGGACUGUCACACGAUUUAGAGUCACGAGGUUCAACUUUGAACACUGUAGUGCCAACCUUUGACAAAAUGAUAAGUCCAUACCCUAUGGCUCCUGUCUCGCGAUUGGUCGAUCAUGCAAAUAUCAAAUUUGGCUCAUCAUCAACAAGAGCUGGUACUCCCUCGUUUAGCACACCUAGUGCGUUUGGCCUUAUAACAGGACUUGAUGACCUUAUGACAAUCAAAAGUAAAGUUAUUCAUAAUCGUGCUAUUGAUGGAAGAGACCGCCCUCAAUCAGUAUUAAUCGAUGAUGUGACAUAUAACCGUCCGUUAUCUGAAAUUCACCGUCGAGUGGGUAGUAGUCAUCUAAGAUCGCCAUCCGCAAGGAUAAGAUACAGGUUAAAACCGAUUGAUUCUCCGAAGAUACCAUCAUCCCAGCUACAUAUGGAAGACUACGUCCAGGGUAAAAAACUUAAUAAUCCUAACACAGCAGAGCGUCUAGGGUCACCACCUCAACGCAUACCGUCACCGUCUGUGCCGUGGAGCAAGAAUGCAAUGCUGCCACCAAUACAGAAUGAAGUUCAACCACAGAAGGACAACAUCAGGCAAGGAGGGUUUCCACAAAGGUCUCGAGGUAGCAGGAUAUCCAGUGCAGUGCACAACAUGCAAGAGGAGCAGAAUCGACGGGCCAAGGAGAAGUCCAGUAGACCAAACACCCCACAUACUUUUAGGACUGACACACCUGUUGGAGUAAUGAGGCGGUUAUCCACACCAAAUGGCUUAAGUUUAUUCAAACAAAUUCCACCAGUACAGUCAGUGACAAAUACAAAAAGUAUGCCAGGAAUUACAGGUGUCAAGGUGAAGAUCCCAAGUGUCGGCUCCCACGCGAUGGAGUCUUACGCAAACGGACAAGCGAACUUUAUAUUCAUGGCAUCUCAGGGAACUAAAUGAAACAUGAAUUCAUGGACAGAUUUAGACUGAUAUUUGAAUUCAAAGUUGUUGGGGCAUCUUAAAAAGAUGCUAGAAAGGUGCGUUCCCACCUGAUUUUAGCAUACUGCUAACAGAGGUCACCUAUCAUAGUGAUAGAAACAUGGUGGUACACAACAAAAGUUACCUAAUUCUAGCAUAUAUAAAAAGAGGUCACCUCUUGUAGAGAUGCUAGAAAGUCACAUGUCACCUGAUUUUAGCAUACUCCAAAGAGAGGUCACUUGGCAUACUGCUAACAGCAGGUCACCUGAUUCUAGCAUGCUGCUAAUAUAGGUUGACUGAUUAAAGUAAUCUGGUAAUAGAGGUUAUCUAGCUUUCUGCUAAACUAGGUAAACCAUGAUGCAGGUCAGAUGUGUGAGCUACUCAUGAGUGGGCAGUCUGAUAUUUUCCUCUAUGCUCAGAAGCAAUUCAUGGAUACUGUUAGCCUGUGGUAAAGGCUCCACCUUUAUGACAGAUAUGACGAAAGCUUAGCUAAGCUAAGCUUUAGCUAUGUAGUGAAGAAAACAGGCAGGCAAAGAAGCUUUAUCAUAGCAUUUAUGCGGUAAGCAGUAAGUAAAUGCAAAGCUUUGUUUCGCAAUCGUGAUGCAGAUCAAGGAAGCAAAAACAUUUGACAAGCAAUAUCCCAUUCAUGAAAAAGAUUUAGUAAUUAAAUCUAUGUUAAAAAAGGAGAGAUUUAUCACCAUAAUGUCUGUGGUCAUCGGAUACUAGAAGCAUUGAAUUGUGCAAGCAAACAUUGUUGUAACAUGUUACAUGCGGGAGAUUAUACGUUUCUGUUUGCUAAAAAUCAAAGGUCGGGGAACUACGGAUCAUUUCAGUGGCUCCGUCUCCUGAAUAUCUCCCAUUUUCUGAGCAAAAAAUUUUAAAAAGAAUAUUAUGUUCGCAAUUUUGAGAUUAUUAUUAGCUCAUACAUGACAGAUAUUGAUACAUUGGAUGUCAGGCCUGGUUAUUGUUGCUUGUAUGCUGUAAUGAUCAGUAACAGCACCAGUUAGAAAGGGAGUUUUCUAGCCCCCAGUUAGCCAUGAUUCAUUUGAUAAAAAAGGUUGGCUGUUAUACUUUUUAGAACAUGUUAGAAUGGCUGAAUUGACAGAGUUUCGUCAGAGGCAGGGCUUUGCUUCUAAACCCCACUGACCUGUGCCGGAAAUUUUCAGAGCCUUUGCCGGACAUCUUAACCCCCUUUUCAACUAGAAUGAUAAAGUCUUGUUAGCCAAGAAUGAGAAAAUUCAGGAAGAGUGUGUAAAAUAGGCUUUGGUUAUGAUGGUGCUGGUAUACCGUAAAACAGUGGCCUUAUCUAUUUUUUUUUUAUAGUACAAAUUCCGAAAAUUUAUAACAUUUAUUUUGAAAAGAAGCCCCCCCUCGAAAAGAAGCCCAUCCAUAAUUCGCAAAAAAAAAAAAAAAAAAAAAAGAAGCCUAGGGCUUUAAUUACGAGGUUUUACAGUAUAUAUUACAGAGACUUCAGAACAAUACAAAAACAAUAACAAAUACUUCACACCGUUUUUUCCUUAUCAUCGCUGAAUAUCAUGCUCAAAUGAUUCAUGUGCCCCCCCCCCCUUUUUUUUUGUUAACGUAUUUGUUAUCAGUUUUGUAAGGAUGCGAUACCUCACUUAUGUACACACUAUAUUAAGUUGUUUCGAUGUACAGACAAUCUUUCAAUAUGUAUAUAAAUUGUAUAUAAAUUGCAUAAAAACUGUUUGAGGAAUAUUGUCAUUCAUUUAAUAAAUUCUUUGUUCUAUCUGUUUGAUUAUCCUUCAAGAUUUGUAAAUAUGAUAUUCUAUGUAAACAUAAUGUAAAUAAGUUAUUCAGCAGAAUAAGAAGUGAGAGAGAUAUGUGUUAGAUAAAGGGAAAUGGGAGCAAGAGUGUGUGGGGGUGGGGUGGAGGGAGGAAACAAUCCAGAGAGAAUGUUGAAAACCCUUUUAUAGACCAGGUCAUCAAAGGCUAGGUACAGUAUUAUAAUUAGUUGAUAUUCUGUAGACAUCCCAAGUAUUAUUUUAUGUACAGCUUUUUAUAUAAAGAAUGUCCUAAUUUAACUACUGUAUAUAUCGUUUUUCAAAUCCCGGUAAACCAUAGACCAGUAUUUCAGGUAAAUAUCUUAGGGAUAUAAUUGCUGUAUGGAAAUUCCAAGUAUUAUAUUACUAUUUAGCAUGUACUGUACUGCUGAAAAUAGGCUCUGAGGUAGGCCUAAUCAUUGAAUUUUAAAUUUGACUUGUGUCAAUGACAUGAAGUUAAACCAGGGUUUAUUCUCUAACCUAUACAAAAUGUGAUAUUUCUUAGUAACUGUAACUCAUUUGCAGAACAAUUUGUCAUACACAUCAUGUAUGUUUGCAAACAGGAUAGACCUGAACAACUGACCAAUCAGAACAACUGACCAAUCAGAACAGGUCCAAGAAAAAGGCUUGUGUGUCACAAAACACAAGUUGCCCCACAAAUGUAUGUUUGCGUAUGUUUUUACACCAUCGUUUUGUGGGAUUUUCAAACCAUUUUUUUAAGGUGGGGGGGGGGGAGAUUAGCAGAAAGGUCCAUAAAUAUUUUGCCUUUUUUAUUCCAUACAUGCUCUAUAAUAAGCCUGUUUGCUUAUUAGACAUGACCUUUGACAUUGUUAUGACUAGUUGAAACUACAAGAGAGCUGUAUUCAUAAAUGUUGCCAGUGUUUUUAUUAAGGCGGGCACUCACUGCGAUUCUAUGGAAAAGCAACAACGCGCGCGCAAUGGAUCGUUUUUAAUGAUGAUCAGAUCAGACUGCCACCGACAACCACCAUCUAAUGCUCACAAGGACCAGAGUUGGAUUUGUUGGCCAACGGUCCUACGAUGCAGUGAGUGUCUGGCUUUAGAAUCGAUUGUAUGGACUUCUUAAGUUAUUAUUCUUAAGCUAUUCUUCAAAGAAUGAUGCAAGGUCAUCAAAGAAGUCUACUGUAUCUUAAAGCCACGUUGUUUAAAAACAAAAUUGUUGAAAAUAAAGAUUUUUAUUUUAAUGCUGAA